AUGGCUCCUCGACCUGACAUCUCCACAAAGCCCUCAGGACAACUCUACUUCCUCGACGUCGGUAUCUCAAACCCGGAGACCAAUGGUCGUCUCCUAACAUGCAAACCCGACGGGUCCGAUUUCCGUGAGCUGAUCACGCAAAUCAACACCAUGCCGGACGGGAUCGCCAUCGACACAGAACGCCAGCACAUAUACUGGACAAACAUGGGGAUUCCGUCUGCCGACGACGGCUCUAUUCAGCGAUGCGAUCUGUCCGGAAACAACAUCGUGACCGUUAUUCCUAGGGGACACACACACACUCCGAAGCAGUUGACCAUUGCCCCACAGUCCCAGAAGUUGUACUGGUCCGAUCGCGAGGGGAGAAGGGUCAUGCGAGCGAAUCUGGAUGGGAGUGAUAUUGAAGUACUCUACCGAGCCACUUCGAGUGACGGCACAGAUAUAGCGGCUGUUUAUGACUGGUGCGUGGGAAUCGCGGUUGACGAAGAGUCCUGGAAGAUCUAUUGGACACAGAAAGGGCCAUCGAAGGGGAACCAGGGCCAGAUAUUUCGGAUGGGGCUUGACAUGAGACAGGGAAAGUCCGCGGAAAGGAGGACAGAUGUUGAGUGUCUUUUGGAAGGUCUUCCGGAGCCCAUUGACCUGGAGUUGGACCAUGCUUCGGGCACGCUCUAUUGGACGGAUCGAGGGGAUCCGCCUCGGGGCAAUACGGUCAAUUCGUUGGUUCUUGCAGACGCUCCUGGGCAGAAACUGGAGUCGAAAAUUUUGGUUCGUAAGCUUCAUGAAGGGAUUGGGAUUGCUUUGGACUUGAAGAAUGGCCGCAUGUUCUUUGCGGAUCUAGGCGGUUCACUAUACAGUGCUAGCGUGGACGGGUCGUGCAAGAGUACCAUCUUGUCUGAUGUUGGAGGUGCUAUCACUGGGGUGGCUUAUGUUGGAGAAUAG